AUGACAACAGAUGACGCGGACGCGGUGAGCGUCCCGAUCGCGCGACGCGGCCUGAUGCUCGUCCUGUCCUCGCCUUCGGGUGCGGGCAAGUCGACCAUCGCACGCAACUUGAUGGAGAUCGAUGCCGGCUUCGAACUGUCUGUAUCUGUCACCACCCGCGCGCGCCGGGGCAGCGAGAUCGAGGGCGUUCACUAUCGCUUCGUCGAUGAGCGGACCUUCAUGCGCAUGCGCGACGAUGACGAUCUGCUCGAAUGGGCCGAAGUGCACGGCAAUCAUUAUGCAACGCCCCGGGCGCCGGUCGAGCAGGCCAUGGCAGCCGGCCGCGACAUGCUGUUCGACAUCGACUGGCAGGGCGCCAAGCAGAUGACCCAGAAGAUGCGCGCCGAUGUGGUCUCGGUGUUCAUCCUGCCGCCCUCGAUGGCCGAACUGCGCGCCCGGCUGAUGCGGCGCGCCGAGGACAGGCCCGACGUGAUCGAGCAACGGCUCAAGAACGCCGCCCUCGAGAUCGAGCAUUGGCGCGAAUACGACUAUGUGAUCGUCAAUGACGAUCUCGAUCGCGCUUUCGAGGCAGUGCGCGCGAUCGUCCGCGCCGAACGCCUCAGGCGCGACCGCCGUCCGGGGCUGUUCGAUUUCGUCUCGGGCCUUCUGGCGUCGGACUGGCGGGACGGCAGCGCCUCAUAG